CGGUUUAAUAUCACAUUUUUCUGUCAUCGGUUGACAGCCUGUAUUCGAACCCCUUCCCCUCCAAAAUUUCGUCAUGAACUCCAACCCGAGGAUGGCCGCGUCCUGGCGGUCGGCGAGCCAGGCCAAGGACCAGGACGAGAACGCCUGGCCGAAGGAUGCCCAGCUGCAUCAGCCCCCGGAAAAGACCCAGCUGCUGCUGGCAGAGCGGGCCAGCUGCCUGGCCGUGAAGACCUACCUGCUGCUGUGCGGGCUGCCCUUCCAGGAGCGGACCAGCGACCACGCCGAGUUCAUGUCACCGGGCGGGCGGCUCACCAGGUUGCCCCUGCUGAGAAUAGGGCUCGUGCGAGUGCUCUCCGAGUUCGGGCCGAUCGUCGACCACGUGGAGGCCACCCAGACGGGCCACUGCCUGGAUGCCUGGCUUACGGAGGAGCAGCGCGACGAGAUGCACUGCCUCGUAAACUAUGUGGAGAACGUCUUCAGUCUGGCGGAGAUCCACUUUAGCUUCGUGGACACCCUGAACUACCAGCUGUACACGGGUCCGAGGAGCGGGGCGGCCCAUCCGUGGCCCCUGUGCCUGAUACGGCGGUACGCCAAGCAGCGAGAGGCCACCCGCCUGCUGAAGGUCUACCAGUGGGAGUCCCUGGACCCCGAUCAGGUCCUGCACGAGGUGAGCAGCUGCUGCAGCGCCCUGGUGUCCAAGCUGGAGGAGAAUGAGACCGGCUCGAGGUUCUUCUUCGGGCCGCGGCCCUGCCAGCUAGACGCCCUCGUCUUCGGGCACGUGGCCGCCAUCCUGUCCACCUGGAUGCCCAACAUGGAGAUGGCCGACUUGCUGUACGGCUUCCCGCGCAUCAUAGGCCAUUGCCGGCGGCUCGACAACAGCCUGUUCCAGGGCAGGCUCCUUGCCGAGGAGAACGAGGACCUCCUCGACGGCGAGGAGGAGUGGGGCGCCGCGGAGCAGCACAAACAAAAUUAAAGACGGUGGUGGGGCCAGGACAAAGGA